AUGCUUGGGUUUGGUAGGAACGAGACGAUUUCGGUUGGGAGCCCAACUGCAUGCUGCGAAGAACAUGUGCAGCGGAACGGGACGGUUGCCGCUGGGAACCCAACUAACUGCUUGCUGCGAAGAACCCUUCUCUCCUCCUCCCUCCCCCCUACCGAUAUCGCUGACGACGUCCCCCCGGUUUCCCCUCCCCCCUCGUCGCCUCUCGUUCAGCUGGAGGCUGCAUCCAAGCCCGCUCCCCCCUCCUUCUCCCAGUCCCUCCUCACCGCCCCGCGGCCGCAGGCCUCGCCUCACCUCCCCGAUGGCUCCCAGUGGCGCUACAGCGAGUUCCUUAAUGCCGUCAAGAGGGGCAAGGUCGAGUGCGUCCGGUUCAGCAAGGAUGGCGGCGUGCUCCAGCUCACGACCGUCGAUUGUCGCUGGGCUGUCGUUGUCGUCCCCAACGACCCUGACCCAAUCGACGUCCUGGAAGAGGUUUUUGUUACUCAACCUGAAGAUUUUUUGGUUAAAGGACAUGAAGAAAAGAUGUAUAAGCUAAAUAAAGUUCUUUAUGGGCUUAAACAAGCUCCAAGGAAUCCGGACAAGUACACGACUUUGGGGGCGAAAAUCCACAAGGGUUGCCUCUUGGCGGGCCCACCCGGCACCGACAAAGCGCUGCUGGCCCGAGCGAUAGUGGGAGAGUCGUGCCUUCUUGUCGUGCGCGGCGUCCGAGUUCCUGAGCUGUUCGUGGGUGUUGGGGCGUCGAGGGUCCGGGAUUUGUUCGAGAAGGCGACGGCUAAGGCAGAGAGGGGCCGGGCUUGCGGUGGCAAUGACGAGAGGGAGCAGACCAUCAAUCAGCUCUUAACAGAGAUGGAUGGGUUUUCAGGGAACAGUGGGGUGAUUGUUUUGGCAGCGACCAACAGGCCGGACGUGCUUGAUUCGGUACUGCUACGGCCUGGAAGGUUCGAUCGGCAGGUCACAGUGGAUAGGCCUGAUGUAGCUGGGCAGGGUGAAGAUCCUACAGAAUAUUAG